UCAGUUCCCGCCGCGCGCCGCCUUCUUGGUCUUCUGGCCAGGUGGGGAUCGUCGGCCAGUUUGUCCCGAGGAGUUGCGCUGGAAGACGCGCCGCUACUUUGUAGCGGGUUUCGGGCGAGUAGCGCGCGCGGCGGCAGGAACCCAACCCCGGCAGACCCUGGGCUCCAAGAAUUCGUCUUCUACGUCUGCGGAGGUGCGGCAGCCUCAGUUCUAAGCGCAGGUGAUCAAGUAUAUCAAAGUUUUUAGAAGAAAAGAUGUAUUAUAACCUCCCUGGAAAAAGAAGAGACCUUAUGAAGUAGUGCUACCCACCUACACAGCCAUCAAAAUAAAAUUCCUGAAUUUGUACAAGCCACAGCAAGCUAGAUCAAGAUCAUCACAUGACAACUGGAAGGUCAUGCCUAUGGGUUACCUCAAAUUGAGGAAUUUCAGCACCUACUCACAGGCUCCAUGAGCAGAUGAAGUAGACAGCUUUACUCAGUAUCUCAGACCAAGAACUUCGUCUCCAUCUCCAACUAGCUGAAACAUCUUCCCUCCCUGACCUGGAAAAUUCUCUGACUUAGAAAUUUAAACAAAACCCUCCCCUUUCAUUGAAUCUCUGUUGUCUGGAGUUUGCUUGUCUUAACCUAGCCUGUUUUCCCUCUGUUCCUCCAGUAUGGUCUCCCUUUCAAACUAUGCCCUGCUUCGAUUAACCCUUACUGCUUUUUUGACAAUUCUAGUACAAGCUCAACACCUGCUUGCACCAGUUUUCCGAACACUAUCUAUCUUGACUAAUCAGUCUAAUUGCUGGCUAUGUGAGCAUCUAGAUAAUGCAGAACAACCCGAACUAGUUUUUGUUCCUGCCAGUGCAAGCACCUGGUGGACCUAUUCUGGACAAUGGAUGUAUGAAAGGGUGUGGUAUCCACAAGCAGAAGUACAGAAUCACUCUACUUCCUCCUAUGGUAAAGCGACUUGGCACUGGGAAGCCUCCAUGGAAGCUCAAGGUCUAUCCUUCGCUCAAGUAAGAUUAUUGGAGGGAAAUUUUUCCCUUUGUGUAGAAAAUAAAAAUGGCACUGGACCCUUCCUAGGUAAUAUACCUAAACAAUACUGUAAUCAAAUAUUAUGGUUUGAUUUUACAGAUGGCACCUUCAUGCCCUCUAUAGAUGUUACAGAUGAAUCCAGGAAUGAUUAUGAUGAUACAAGUGUUUGCCUAGGCACUAGACAAUGUUCCUGGUUUGCAGGUUGCACAAACCAGACCUGGAACAGCUCAGCUGUUCCCUUGAUUGGUCUACCCAAUACCCAAGACUACAAAUGGGUAGAUCGAAAUUCUGGAUUGACCUGGUCAGGUAAUGGCACCUGUCUUUAUAGCUGCCAAAACCAAACCAAAGGCCUUCUGUACCAGCUAUUUCGCAACCUAUUUUGCUCUUAUGGCCUGACACAGGCACAUGGGAAAUGGAGAUGUGCAGAUGCCAACAUAACUAAUGACAAAGGUCAUGAUGGACAGCAGACCCCCACCUGGUGGCUCACAGGUUCCAAUCUGACCUUGUCUGUGAACAACUCUGGCCUCUUUUUUUUAUGCGGCAAUGGGGUGUACAAAGGGUUUCCACCUAAAUGGUCUGGACGAUGUGGACUUGGGUAUCUGGUACCUUCCCUCACCAGAUACCUCACCUUAAAUGCUAGCCAAAUUACAAACCUGAGAUCCUUCAUUCAUAAAGGAACACCACAUAGAUGCACCCAACGAGACACAGACAAUCCACCUCUGUAUUGCAACCCCAAGGACAAUUCAACAAUAAGGGCCCUUUUUCCAAGUUUGGGAACUUAUGAUUUAGAAAAGGCAAUUCUAAACAUUUCCAAAGCAAUGGAACAGGAAAUCAGUGCCACUAAGCAGACCUUGGAAGCACACCAAUCAAAAGUUAGCAGUUUAGCGUCUGCCUCCCAAAAGGAUCAUGUCUUGGAUAUACCAACCACCCAACGACAAACGGCUUGUAGAACUGUUGGCAAACAGUGUUGCCUCUAUAUAAAUAAUUCGGAAGCAAUAAUGUCUGAUAUACAAUAUCUAUAUGAAAUAUCUGAGAACCUGAAGAAUGGACCGUUAUUUGAUUGGGAAGGCCUAUUUGCAAAAGUGGGAGACUGGUUCAGAUCAUGGGGCUAUGUGCUUUUAAUUGUUCUUUUCUGCUUAUUCAUCUUUGUUCUAAUCUAUGUUCACAUCUUUCGCAAAUCUGGCAGAUCCCUUAACUCCCAACCUCUGAACCCAGCCUUAUCUCCACAGCAAUCAGCACAGCUCCUUGUCAAUGAAACUUCAUGUCAAGUUUCAAAUAGGGCAAUGAAGGGACUAACAACCCAUCAGUAUGACACAAAUCUACUUUGAGAAUAUCUGAACAAACAGCAGCUGCAGAAGAAAAGCCUUAGCUAAACUUUGAUGAGUAAAGCAGGCUUUACUGAGAAUUCAGCUGCCAAAACCCUCCUCCAAGUGUUCCUCUUAUAAGGGCACUUAGCACUAGGAUCUCCCAAGGUAUUGUAAAUAAGCCUUAUCAGAACUUUUCAUAGUUUCACUCUGAAGCCUUAAGACACACACCAUUAAGUUGAUCUGUAAACCCUUCCCCCUUGCUAUUCAGAGAGCUACUCUUUAUAGUGUUCUUGCAUGCAUAUAUAAUAAACGUUCUUUCUAUUAAUCUGUUAAUUUGCAAGCCCCCAAACACUGGAACUAAGUUGGGAGCAGGAAAGUUUCUCCCAACAGCACUUUGUAGACUUCUCGAUAGACAAAAGAGUGUGUUUGAAUAGAUAAGAGAAUUUUGUUCCCUUGAUUUUUGUUGAAGUCGUAGAAGAAUCCAAUGUACGCAUAUACAAGACUAUGUCCUUAAAUUUGUCUCAAAGAAUAAAUAUUGGUUAGUCAUCUGAAUCGACUGAAAACUUACUUUAGAGAGAGAGCCACAAAUAAUUUAGGCUGGUAUGAUCUGAGCUUUCCUGACUUCUCAUGGGCAUUUUAGUGGUCUAAUGGAAUGUUAGUCUGGUAUGCAUUUUAGCCAUCUUACGACAUGGACUGCAGGUGGAAGUAGGAUGUAGGGAGUGUUGAGGUGGCAUCUAUUAUAUCAAAUGCUUCACUCUGCCCAGUCCUCUGGUGAGUUCCUUACAUGCAUCUUUCUAGUUAAUCCUCACAGUGUUCAUAUUUUACAGAUGAAUCAACUCAAAGGGUAAAUAGCUUGCUAAAGAUUAUGCCAUUACUGAAAAAUAGCAAGAUUCAGAACAGGGUACCUAGUAUGUUAUCUUUUUUUUUUUUUUUUUUUUGAGACAGAGUCUGGCCCUUUUGCCCAUGCUGGAGCGCAGUGGCUUAAUCUCAGCUCACUGCAACCUCUGCCUCCUGGGUUCAUGCCAUUCUUCUGCCUCAGCCUCCCAAGUAGCUGGGACUACAGGUGCCCGCUACCACACCUGGCUAAUUUUUUGUAGUUUUAGUAGAGACAGGUUUCACCGUGUUAGCCAGGAUGGUCUCAAUCUCCUCACCUCAUGAUCCGCCCACCUCAGCCUCCCAAAGUGCUGGGAUUAUAGGCGUGAGUCACCGUGCCCAGCCUAGUAUGUUAAUUUUUAUUUUAAAAAAGGGGAAAUGAUAUGUAUAUGUAUUUGCAAAUAAAACAGAAAGGAAAAGCCAUUCA